GAAAAGAUUAUCAGCAGAACCGAAAAGACGUUCAAUAUAAAAUUACGGUCCAACAUCGAAUUUGUCUAUUUGCACGGACGAAAAUGGGUGGAAGCUUCCACGUAUCCUUAUUUCACGCUUUUAGGGCAAAGCCUGGGAUCCAUUUAUCUGGGCAUCGAGGCACUGAACAAUCUUACACCAGAUAUAUACAUCGACACGAUGGGUUACGCGUUCACGUACCCUUUAUUCAAAUAUAUCGGUGGUUGCCGAGUCGGAUCGUAUACGCAUUAUCCCACUAUUUCAACUGACAUGUUGAAGUACGUCUACAAGAGAGUCAUCGCGCACAACAAUCGAAGGAUCAUCGCCAGAAAUCCUUUCUUCUCGGCAGCGAAAUUCCUUUACUAUAAAUUAUUCGCGCGUUUGUACGGAAUGGUCGGUAGUUGCUCCGAAAUCACGAUUGUAAACUCCACGUGGACCGAAGACCAUAUCAACGCUAUCUGGAAAUGUCCGUUAAAAACGCAUCGAGUGUAUCCCCCGUGUGACGUGGAGCACCUGAUUGAACUGCCGGCUCUCAGCGACGAGGAGAAGGGCAGCUACGUACGCAUAUUGGCGAUCGCGCAAUUCAGGCCGGAGAAGAAUCAUCCGCUCAUGUUGAGGGCGAUGUUCGAGCUAAGAUCUAUCCUUAAGGAAGAAGUUUGGGAAAAGGUCAAAUUAAUCUGCAUCGGUUCCUGUCGAGAUGCCGAGGACGAAAAGCGCGUUAAAGAUAUGCAAGAUUUGGCAAAACACUUGGCUUUAGACAAGAACGUCGAGUUCAAAGUAAAUGUACCGUACUCCGAGCUUGUAACCGAGAUGCAAGGAGGAACGAUUGGUCUGCAUACAAUGUGGAAUGAACAUUUUGGUAUCAGCAUUGUGGAAUGCAUGGCCGCGGGAUUGAUUAUGGUGGCCCAUAAUUCCGGUGGUCCGAAGGCGGACAUCAUAGAAACGCGAGCGGGUAGUGUAACUGGUUUUCUAGCAGAAGACGAGAUGGAAUAUGCCAAGGUACUGGCGUCCAUUAUACAAAUGCAUCCAAAGGACCGAGAUGCUAUUAGAAUUGCUGCCAGAUCAUCUGUAAGUCGUUUCUCAUGCCAAAUCUUUGAGAAGGAAUUCUUACGAGCGAUCGAACCGUUUUUCAGAUCAAAGUAAGAAUAAUGUUUGCCUUACAAUUCGUCUGUAAAUGAUAAAUUAUGGAUGUAUGUGUAAAUGACUCAUUUCAAAAUCAGAAUGCAUUUUCAGUACAUGUUAUAUUACAUCCCGUACGUAUAAUAGUGUGUAUAUGUAAAAAAUAAGGGUGUUUUUUAUGCGAGGUAAAUAUUUACUUAUUUAUUUAGAGACGCGAAACUUUUUGUUUGAUUUGCGUUAAUUUUAGGGUAUAGUACAUUAAACAAUCAUGAUUUAGCACACACAAAAACUAAAGUACGUGUAUAAUUGUAUAUAUAAUGAUGCUUGAACUGUAUUUAAAUAAUUUUAACAUUCUUAUAAAAUUCUAGAAAUAUUCUUGAAAGUUUACGAAAGUACGUUUGAACGUUGAUGUACGUCGAUGUUGCAAUUUAUUUGUAACCGGCAAAUGCGAAGGCCAAUUGACCGUAAUAUUUCGGUCGAAAUUGUUAUAAUUACAUGUGCAACAAUAAGUUAUAAUAAAGUAUCGUAUAAUCAUUGCGUAA